GCGUGCGUGCGCGCGCGCGCGAGCGAGGGCCGCCGAAUAAUCUUUGGGCGACGACGGCCUUUCUGCUUCGUCCUCAGCAGGUGGAGGGGGGAAAAGAGAGAAGGACGAAGAGGUGGUCGUUCGAGAUGGUGAGGGCUAGGAGGUUCUCUGUGGCGGCGGUCUGUGUGAUAGGCGCGGCCAUCGUCUGCCUUCUAGGCGCCCCUUCUUUUGUGCGCUGCUCCGGUGACGACGAGGGCUCUGAUGUGCUUGUGUUGACUCCAGAAACGUUCGAUGAAGUCGUGGGUAAGGAUCAACACGUGUUUGUGAAGUUCUACGCCCCCUGGUGCGGGCACUGCAAGAGGUUGGCCCCUGACUGGGGCAUGCUGGGUACCUCAUUCAAGAAGGUGAGCUCUGUGGCUAUCGCAAAGGUGGACUGCGAUGCUCACAAAGAUCUGUGCUCUAGGUUUUCGAUUAGCGGGUACCCGACGUUGAAGUUUUUCCCCAAGGGCUCUCUCACUCCUCAGGACUACCAAGGCGGCAGGACCCCGGAUGACCUGAUCGAGUUUGUGAACAGGGAGGCAGGCACCAAUGCAAGGACGUCGAAGCCCCCCUCCAAUGUGGUGGUAUUGACACCCUCCAACUUCGACGCGAUUGCGCUCGAUGCUAGCAAGCAUGUGCUCGUCGAGUUCUAUGCCCCAUGGUGCGGCCACUGCAAGAGUCUGGUUCCCAUCUACGAGAGAGUCGCAAAUGCCUUCACUGCUGAGGAUGGUGUGGUUAUCGCCAAGGUGGAUGCCGAUGCACACAAGGAUCUCGGCAGCAAGUACGGGGUCAGCGGGUUCCCUACCCUGAAAUGGUUUGGUGCGGAGUCGAAGCAUGGGGAAGACUAUGAAGGGGGGAGAACGCUCGAGGAUCUCGUCAAGUUUGUGAAUGAGAAGGCAGGAACGAAGAGGAAUGUUCAUGGUGGACUCACCGCCGAUGCGGGACUGGUACCCGAGCUCGACGAGAUUGCCAAGGAGUUCAUGUCGGUGGACGACGAAUCUGCAAAGGAGGGGCUGCUCAAGAAGGCGGAGGAGGGUGCCAGCAAACUCACAGGCGCAGCCGCUGCUCACGCUGAGAUCUACUUGAAGGUGUUCAAGUCUGUGCUCAAGAAGGGAGCUGAUUAUGCGGUCAAGGAGGGAGAGAGGAUUUCGCGAAUCCUCAAGUCGAAUGCUUCAGCUGUGUGUGGAGGUGUUUUGAAGGAGAGCGAAGUGGAAGGUGUCAUGCCUCUUGCGUUGGCAGCGAAGAGGCCGUGCGGUUGUAGGAUUAGGUUGGUUUGCGUAUUUAGCCUGUCUGGUUGGAGAUGGGUUUUUGCUGAGUAAAGCAUAUCCCUCUCUUUUUUCGUGUCUGCAAUCUUAUCAUUGUCAUUGAGGAAAAUGUGUUCAAGGUCGUUGUAGUCUUUGGUGUCUCGUCUUGGUGUUCUGUCUUGUCUCUCCCCUAUUCCCCACUCAGUGGAAGUAUGCCUCUGUUUUUUAUGCACAAUUUCCCACGGCCCAACCAACCACGUCCCCUCUGCUUUUCAUCACAACGAUGGUGACCCUGCGGUUUAGUGAGCAACCGCUUGCGGUGCAUCUUUCUGAAGGAUGACCUUUUUUUUUUUCCAAGUAUAUUCUCUUGUGCAGGGCAGAAGAUGCCAAUGUUCUCUGUAUAUUUCCAGUUUUAACAGAUGUCCUGAAGGGCGACACCGAUACCCAUCCCGUUUCUUCCACUUUUUUAUCCUGUGGUCGAUCUCUCCAUGGCUCAGAGAAUUGAGUGGAGCCAGAACUUGUCAUUGUCACUUGGCUGGGCUUGAUGUAAUGCAUGCUACCGUCUUCCCCCGAAUAUAACGCAUUGUGAUAAUUAAUGUAUACAAGCUAUAUUCCCGAUCAGGUGCAGCCAAAAUGUGGGUGCGUUGUGUUCGGGGGAAGACGGUAUUCGACCGCUGGCACGAGUAUUUAUGGGGGGGGGCUUGGUUGCUGGACUUACCUUGCUUCGUUUUGCUUUGCUUUGCCUUCACCCCCGUAGCGUGAUGCAAUCAUCGUUGAUUUGCAUUGCUGCACUUGGGGUAGCGAUAUCGUAGUCUGAUGCAAACAUUGUCGACUUGCAUCGAUGCACUUGGCAGCGCUAGCGUUUUCCCCCGAUCACCUUGUGCCCGCGUUAUGCCUGUACUGGACUGGAAACACAGCAUGCUGAUACAUUCAAUAUCAGGGUGCGUUAUGUGUGGGGGAAGAUGGUAGUUAGUGCUGAACUCCCUGUCUCGUGGCUCUGGCAUGCCUUCCUGCCCCCCUCUCCCUCUGCGCAGUUGUUCCCUAACACCCUUGUAACAAUAGUGUGUACGGUGUUUUGGAACAAGCAAGCAGAGAUUAUAUUUAUGAGCAAUAUUGCUAGCUGUGGAGGAGUGAAGUAGAAGGAAAAGAAGAGAGAGGAUCGAUAGUCGAUGAUAGUCAUGAUUGACUGCAACAAACGCCCUGCUACCUUCUUGCCCUAAAUGCUGUGCGUGGUCAUUAUCGCAGCUGUAUUUAGUGCAACUUGUUUCAGGCCAGACAGAUGCAGAGGUAAAAUGACCGGGCAUUAUUAUAAUUAUUGUAUUCUGGGGACGGAGGAAGAAGCAGUUUAGUGCCUGCAAUCUGUCAGCCUAUCUAGCGACAGAACUGAGAAGCUGGGACAGCUAGAGAGAGAGCAUCCUCAGACACUUGGGACUUUUUCCACUGGCCUAUGAACUGAGAAGUUAUUGAUCUGGCUGCUGCCAUUGGGCAGAGGUUUGCACAGCGCGCACUAUUGGUUGAAUUCCAUUAGUACAUUGAAAGAUGUUUCCGGUGUAUAAUGGAAUGCAACCAACUUUGAGUCUAGAUACAGCAAUAAGGACUGUACGUUGUAUCGAGCACAGUAGCCGCAUAUAUGUGUAGAAAGCUUUUAAUGGAAUUCAUUUGAAAUUUAGCUGUGCAAACCUGCGU